AUCAACAACAAAACAUCUUCAUCAUCUUCAUAAAUCACAACCACCAUCAUCAUCAUCAUCUGUUUUAGGAUUUCUCCCCUUUCUUGUUCUGUUUUCAAUAUCUUUUCUGGGAUCUCUCGAAUCAAAUCUCUGCAAUUUCUUACUUACCCAAAUAGGUUUUUCAACCUUAUCCUCAGUCUGUAAGAAAAUGGGUCUUUCUACUUAUCCAACUCCGGCGGAUGGAGGAGUGUUGUGUGUUGUUUUGGUAAGCACGAUCAUGUCGAUCAAUAUGCUAAAGGGUUUGAUCAACUCUAUGCUCCGAAGGAUGGGAAUGCAAACUGAGUUUUUCGAGGUAAUGGACAAUGUGGGAUUCGGUCCCUGUUUGCUCCUAGCUGAUUGUCAAUCAAAAUCCUUUCUAGAACAGUUCAGGUCCAAGAAUCGAGCUAUUAGGUUUGGGUCGAUUCGCAGUGGAGAUGAUCAUCAACUAGAGUGCUCUGUUUGCUUAAUUGAGUUUGAAAGGAGAGCUAUGAUAAACAAGUUGGGAUGUGGGCAUGUUUUCCAUAAGGCUUGUAUGGAGAAAUGGGUUGAUGGUUACAAUAUAUCUUGUCCUCUUUGUAGGAGCCGGUUCUGAUCACUGAUCAAUGAUUGAAGAGGAAGAAGAUGUGUUUUCAUGGUAAUAGAAGAGUCUAGAAGAGGUUUUAGGUUUGUUUUAAAGGGAAAUUUACAAUAAGUCUGCAGUUUACUUACUUACUUACUUAGUAUGUUUGGUUGUUGUUUUAAUAUGUUGUUGUUUUUGUUGUAAAUAUUUCAUGAGAAAUGUUCCAUCUGUUGUAGGAAGAUGGUGAAAGUUCUACUU